UUGACAUCUUUAGGUUUCAAUUUACUCUUUAGCACACUCAAAUUAAGAUGACAUUGGUUUCCUUAUUAAGAAAUUCUUGUGUCUUAAGAUUUGUUCACCGUGCUCCCCAAUUUACUUUAAAAUUUCAACAAACAUGGACCCACACAGGGAAGUCCUUCCUGAAGAACAUAAAAUGGAAUUAUUCCUUCACACGUAGAAAACCAUUAUUAGGAAUUAAAAAGUAUGUUCUGUCUCUGCCUCUGGGAUAUGGUUUUGUGACUCUAAAAUUUAAAACCCGAACUGUUGAAUGUGCACCUAAAGUCAGACAUUCUCGUCUUGUGGAGAAAAAUGGCAGUGUGGGACCUGAUGCCAAGUUUGACUGGAGACAGUUCCUGCAGAUGUUGUACCCAGAAAUGUGGUAUCUACUGGCUGCAGUCAUUGCUGCAGUGUCUGCUGCUUUGGUUAAUAUUAAGAUUCCUCUGUUGUUGGGUGAUGUCGUUAAUGUGGUAUCCAACAUGACAAGAGAAGCUACAGGGGAUUUCAUCAAUAACCUCAAAAUCCCAGCCAUCAAACUGAUGAUGUUUUAUGGUUUACAGGGCCUAUUAACAUUUACUUACAUAUCCCUGUUAUCAACUGUGGGUGAAAAUGUCGCUGCUCGAAUGAGGAGGAGACUCUUUGACUCUCUGCUACGUCAAGAUGUGGAGUUUUUUGAUACACACAAAACUGGAGAGCUGGUAGACAGAUUAACUUCCGAUAUCCAGGAUUUUAAGAGCUCCUUCAAACUUUGUAUAUCUCAGGGACUGCGAGCUUUUACACAGACAAUAGGCUGUGUGUUUACAUUGUAUGUGAUAUCUCCCAAACUCACCGUUCUGAUGGUGACUGUGAUUCCUGCCAUCAUUGGGGUGGGGACGGUGAUGGGGUCGGGGUUACGGGCUCUGUCCAAAGCUGCUCAGGAUCAGGUUGCCACAAGCACUGCUGUUGCUGAUGAGGCUUUAGGAAAUGUCAGGACUGUGAGAGCUUUUGCCAUGGAAACAAAGGAAAAUGAGUUAUUCAGUCAGCAAGUGGAGUUGUCAAGGAAGAUGAAUAUUAAUUUAGGUUUUGGCAUUGGAGCAUUUCAGGGUCUUGCUAAUGUAGCUCUAAAUGGAAUUGUUUUGGGAACUCUGUUUGCUGGAGGACACCUGAUGUCUGGAGGGGAGAUAACUGCUGGGGAUCUCAUGUCCUUCCUGGUGGCCUCUCAGACUAUUGAAAGAUCACUUGCCCAGAUGUCUUUCUUGUUUGGAAAUGUUGUUAAAGGAAUGAGUGCUGGGGCUAGAGCAUUUGAGUUUAUCAAUCAUCAACCAAAGAUCCCAAUAAAGGGAGGAAAGAUAAUCCCGUACUAUUCUAUGCAUGGUAAUGUGGAAUUUGAACAUGUCAACUUUUCCUAUCCAACUCGAGCAGAACAGAAAGUUUUAAAAGACUUUUGUCUGAAAAUCCCAAAAGGAAGUGUAGUUGCAUUGGUGGGACUAUCUGGAGGAGGUAAAUCGACUGUGGCCGCUCUGCUGGAGAGGUUCUAUGACAUUGAGAGUGGGAGGAUCUGUAUAGAUGGAGUGGAUCUACGAGAACUGGACCCCUCAUGGCUACGGGGCAAAGCUAUAGGCUUCAUCAAUCAGGAACCAGUUUUAUUUGCUACCUCUGUGAUGGAGAACAUUAGAUAUGGCCGUCCUGAUGCCACAGAUGUGGAGGUGAUAGAGGCUGCCACCCUGGCUAAUGCUGAUGGUUUUAUUCGAUCCUUUCCAGAGGGGUAUAGUACAGUUCUCGGGGAGAGAGGGGUCACAGUGUCUGGGGGACAGAAACAGAGAAUUGCCAUAGCCAGGGCACUCAUCAAAAAUCCCUCCAUAAUGGUGCUUGAUGAGGCCACAAGUGCUUUGGAUGCCGAAUCAGAGAAGAUAGUUCAAGCAGCAUUAGAUAAUGUAGUAAAAGGUAGAACAGUUCUAAUCAUAGCACACAGACUUAGUACAAUCCGUGAUGCUGAUAUAAUAGCAGUCGUAUCUAAUGGGCAGAUUGUGGAACAAGGUACACAUGACGAGCUCAAGAAGAAGAAGGGGUUGUACUGGGAGCUGAUUAAGAAGCAGGAAUUGGAGGAGGAGAUUGAGACCCAUCAAUGGGGGAGACCUGAAUUCUAGACAGAAUGGGGGAUUACCUGUACUGAUAACACAAGAGGAUAAGAAAUGUGAUUUUAGAAUUGAAGGACAGAAUUAGAGAGUUACAUUUAGAAUAAAACCACAGUCUCACACAGUGAGUGGUAAUCACACCACGCUUGACAGAACACCCCCACAUAGAUUUAAUGACUAUAUUACACAUAUAUACUAUGGUUCCUGUAAUUGUUAAAUGUGCCAAUAAAGUGGGUGGACAUUGAUGAGAAUUAUUAUUAAAAUAUUUUUUUUGUUUUAAA